GACAGAUGACAGCUCUACCAUCCUGUAUCCUGUCAUUCAGUUACAUUUAAAUUUUUAAUUUAUUUUAUUUUGAUACAAUUUAUUUAUUCUCUGAUAUUAAGAAUGAAACAAAGUAUUAAAUUACCAUAUUAAAUACCUACAAUUCUAAAUAACGUAUUUAUAAUGUGUGAAAAUGGUUCCGAAUAUAAUGACACAGUUGAUCCUAGGGUUCAAGUAGAACUUGAAAGACUGAAUAAUGCUACAGACGAAAUCAAUAAGCUCGAGGUAGAGCUAGAUGAAUGCAGAAAUUCGUUUAAACAACUUCUCUGCGAAAGUACAAUUAAAGUAGAUGCAAUUAGAGUCAAACUUGGGAUGUGUGUGGAACGAGCUAGACCUUACUAUGAGGCAAGGUUUUAUGCCAAUGAAAUUUUCAAACAAUCACAAAUUGCAGCUUGUAAAUUCGAAAAGGCUAAUAGUGCACAUAGCGCAGCUAGAGAGAUGGUAUAUUUGGCUGAGCAAGGACUUGGUGGAAGAACACUCGAUCCUGCUUGGCAAGAAAUGCUUAAUCAUGCUACUCAAAGAGUGAAUGAGGCUGAAAGGGAUAGGGGUGUAGCUGAAACUGAGCACAGGAUUGCAUGUGUAAAACAUGAGGCAGCUAGUGCUAAAGUACAAAGUUUGCAGAAGGAAUUGAAACGAGCUAUUACAAAGAGCAGACCCUACUACGAAAUGAAAGCUCAUUUCAACCAACUUCUUGAGCUACAAAAAGCAAAAGUUCAUAGCCUCGAGUCUCAAGUAUCGACAGCAAAGCUGUCGUACGCAGACGCUUUGAAAAACCUCGAACAAAUUUCUGAUGAAAUACAUCAAAAUAGGAAGAAAGUUUCUCUUCUAGCCGCGAAAUUUGCUAAUGGAAAACAGCGAAGCCUCGAUUCUAAUGUUUCGUUCUUAGACGAUGCUCAGGAACUCAUUGAUGAGUUUAAAAGUCUUCCACAAAAAUUGGGCGAUGCAUCUAGUCCGAUUACUUCCAAAUAUGAUGAAGUUGAUGGUUUUCGUAAUCCUGUUUUUAAUUCAUCUCCGACAUCCCCCCUUUCCACCAGUGAAAAAAAUUACCAACCCAGUAUAGCGCAAAGUCAUUCUAGCGAAUGGACUGAAAUAAACUUGGACAGUUCGAGUCCAGAGGAUAAUUCGCCCAAUAAAAAAAAAUGAUAUCGAUUUCGGGAAACCUCUGUUGACCAGACAGAAGACUUUACCGAAUCCUAAAUUGGAAAAUGAUUUUUCGGCUCUUAAGAAUAAGAUGAAGUUGGAUAAUACCAUUACGAAUUGGAUCAGUAGAUCUGCUAUAAAAAAUGAAGACAUUGCAAUAAGCAGUAGUAGACGACAAAGUUUGGAUAAUCUUCUAGGUCCGACUGGAGAAAAAGUGAAAGAAAUAUUUUCGCAAGGUAUAAUGAUGUUAAAUAUCAGUUCGCUUACAGAAAGACGAAACAGCGAACCGAAAUUGGGGCUGAUCGAGGAUAAAAUUAGAAACGGCAGCGCUAAGAAACUUCCUAGUCCUUUAGAAAAAACUCUUACAUAUCUAACCGUCGAAGAUGACAAUUCUGACACAGAGAGCGUUUCGAGUGUCGACAUGUUAAAUGAAGACCAAAUCAGUUCCUUGAUGAUGGAUCCUAAUACUGUUUGCGAACAAGUUUUAGGAACGCCAAUGGCAGAAAUUGUGUUACCUCCGCAAUGUGUAUCUAGUCAACAAAUUAAUUAAACUAGUUUAGUGUAGGUAAUUGAAAUUCAGUACAAUAAGUGGUACCUAAUUAAAAUUUCGAUUAUAUAUAUUUUCGGGCAUUCAGGUUAUUAAUUUUAUUAUCAUAAUGGUAAUAAUAAAUCAAAAAUGAGCGUUUAUAAAUAAGAGAAGUAAAAAAAAUAUGGUUUCAGACAAUCAGAUGAUCAUUUAGGUACUAGAUAUUAUUAAUAAUUUAUAAAUAGCAUGAAGUAUUAAAAAGUAAUCAAAUAUAAUUGAUUAUACUGCACCAUAACUAUUAUACAGUAUUUUAAUAGUCGAUACACUCGAUACUGUGUAUUUCUAAGAGCACAGUAAAUACUUCUAUGCUAUAAUGAUAAAUAGCAGUAUUAAAAUGUUGAUAAAUAAAAAUUUCUCAUAUUAAGAUAAUAAAAUUAUAACCUAUGCCCAAAUCCUUUCUAGUCAUUUAAGAGGUUUAUGUUUACUGUUUUUCUAUAUUGUCAAUGUUUGUUUCUUAAAAGUACUUCAUAAUUUUGGUUAUUUUGUUCAUUAAAUAUUAAAACUUCAAGAAGUGUAGUGAAGGAUAAUUUAAAAUUAGAAAGUA